AUGCCCAGUUCGAUUGUCCCCAAAGACCACCAAGAAGCCCAUACCUCUGUAAAACACACGAAAGUUUUAUUACAGGCCUGGGCCUGGACUCUCGACCAUCACCGAUGCAGUGGGUUUGAAUUGAGAGCCCCGACUUUGCAGUUAACAGGGUUUGAAGGAUGCAGGGGCGGCCUGCAUCGCUGUCUGGCCUGCGCGAGGUACUUCAUUGACUCCGCCAACCUGAAGACCCACUUCCGGUCCAAAGACCACAAGAAAAGGCUGAAGCAGCUGACCGUGGAGCCCUACAGUCAGGAAGAGGCAGAGAGGGCGGCGGGCAUGGGCUCCUACAUGCCCCCCAAGAGGCUGGCGGUGCCCGCAGAGGUGUCCACUGAGGUUCCUGAGAUGGACACGUCUUCUACGUGACAGGGCCUGCAGCUGCGGGGCCUGCAUGGACAGUGACACGAGGGCUGGUCUGGGAGAGAGAUCCAGCCACUCGGGUUUGGGAAGUGACCGCUCUCUGGGUGUUCUCCCCAAAUAAAGGAACUGGACAAAGAAAAAAAAA